CUCUGUUUCUGGUAAACGUCCAAGAGCACAAGGGUCAUUCUACAGACCAUUCAAUGUUUUGACCUGAGUUAAUACCAGAGAAAUGCUUUAUAUUCUGAUCUGGCGACAUAGAUUAUUUAUGAUCAGGUGAACGUUAUCAAAUAAAUCUAUGUACGAAGAUUUAUGAGGUCAUUUACGAGUUACAGGAAUUUCCUCAAGCAAUGUCCAGGCUGACUUACAUGUGCUGUAAUCAGGAGGGGGUUGAGGGUCCAGCAGGGUUUAAAAGCAUGUGAGUAUGAAGACUUAACACUGGAUAGGAGAAAACUCACAGGUGCAGACCUGACCUUGCUGUAGGUUUUUUAUUGUUGGAACAGGCUUUGAAAAAAUGACACUCAGAGUGUUUCUGGCUCUAGUGCUCCCCCUGCUGGUAGGAAGCACCCCUGUUUCUCAGGAACUGUUCCCGACAGACUGCUCUGAUGUCUACACUAACGGACAAACACUGAGUGGAGUUUACAACAUCCACCCUGCAGGUGACACACCUGUACAGGUGUACUGUGACAUGAGCUGUAAUGGACAGACAGAGGAUGCAAAGUGGACGGUGAUUCAGAGGAGAAUGGACGGCAGUGUGAACUUCUACAGACCAUGGGAGCAGUACAAGAAAGGAUUUGGGAACAAAUAUGGAGAAUACUGGCUGGGUGAGAAUUCAUUACCUAUCACAAAUACAAGGAAGUAUGAGCUGAGAGUGGACCUGCAGGACUUUGAGGGAAGGAAGGUUUACGCUCAGUACUCUACUUUCUCUGUGGAAUCUGAAACUGAUGGCUACAAACUGCAUGUUGAUGGAUUCAUCAAUGGAGGAGCAGGUGACUCACUGGCACUAUCAAAUGGACAGAAGUUCUCCACCUUUGACAAAGACCAGGACACUUGGAGUGGUAACUGUGCUAAAUCCUUCCUCGGAGCAUUUUGGUACAAUGCUUGCCAUCAUGCUAACCCCAACGGUAUCUAUCUGUGGGGAAAGGAUGGCACCCUUUUUGCUAUUGGAAAUGUGUGGUAUCACUGGAAAGGCAUUGAUUAUGGUCUCAAGUCCAUCAGUAUGAAGAUCAGGCCUGUGCCUUAGAUGGGUAUACUUUGUUUUAUUUUGUUUUUUUGUUUUUUUCUAUUUAGCAUGUAAUAUUUGCAGGUAGACACAUAGUUAUAAUAAUAUUUUUACUGAAUGUUGAAGGACAAUGUUGAAAUCUGUGUAAAUAUUUUUAGUACCUCAAUU